AUGGCUCCAUCUAUUCCACAACACGAUGUUUACUCAACCGGUGAUAAUAGCUAUGGACAAUUAUUUGGAAAACCAUCAAUUAUUGAUAACGAAUUUGUCAUUAAUAACGGAUUGAAAACUACAUUAAAGAAUGAAAAAUUCAUUACACAAAUUGGUGCUGGUGAUGAUUUUACAGCAUUCCUCACUCAUGAUAAUUCAUUAUUUGUAGCUGGUUACAAUGCAUCAAAUUUUAUUGGAUUAGAUAUAACUGCAAGGAAGAUCAAAAAGGUGCAAAAUAGUAACUAUAACUCAUAUUACAGUAGUAGUGGAACUGAAUUUAUUGUGGACGAACCUACUGUAGUUAACACUAAAAAAUUCAAGACUGAGACAAUUACACAUUUAUCUUGUGGAUCGAAUCAUAUUUCUGUUGUGACAAAUAGGUCAAAUAUUUAUAUAUGUGGAUUGUUGGGAACUGGUUUUGUACAGCUUGGAAAUGAUAAAUUCCCAAAGGAAUAUUUAAAAUCAGAUAAUAAUUUCAUUUCAAUGGUUGGUUCUGGAUUGAAUUUUUCAGUAUUUGUUGUAAAUUUAAGAGAUGUUUAUGUAUUUUCCAAAGUUCCAAACGAAUACUCCAAUACUGGAUAUUGGAUAGGACAGACUGCAACUUCACAAGUGUUUUUCAAACCACAAAAAACAAUGGUUUACAUGAAAAAGACAGGAUUUGAGGAAGAUGGUAUUAUUGAUUUGGCAUGUGGAAAAAAUCACUUUAUUAUUUUAACAGAUCAGAAUGAGAUUUAUGGUAUGGGCUCAAAUUUUGAAGGUCAAUUGGGUGAAACAGCUGAAAACAAAUAUGAAGAUCGUUUUGUUAAAAUCAAAUUAUUGGAACCAAGUUUGAGAAUUUCAUCCAUUGAAUGUGGAGCACUUUUCAGUGCAUAUAUUGCAGGAAACAAAUUAUUUAUGAGUGGAUCAAAUCAGUAUGGACAAUUGGGGCUAGGAUACAAAACUAAAUUUAUGGGUUUUACUGAAGUUAUGACAAUCUAUGAGGAUUUUAAAAUUAGUUGUGGAAGAAAUCAUUCCAUUGUACAUCUUGUAAAAUCAAAUCAAGUAUUAGUUUCAGGUUUCAAUGGUGAAGCUCAACUUGGAAUUGGAACUGGACCAAAUGUUAGAACAUUUAAAUUAAUAGAUAUGAAAUUUGACAAGAAAAUUGCUCACAUUCUUUGUGGAAGGGCUUCAAGUAUUAUUGUUACUCAGUCAGGAUUUAGAGAAAUGGUUUUCAAACAAAAACUCUUCCAAGUUCAAAGCAAUUAUUGUAAAUUCCUUGAUAUCUCUAUUCGUGCACAUCAUUAA